AUGCUAAGAUCAGAGUUAGAUUUCUUGGGGAAACCCAUAUACCAACCCCUGACUGAACAAAUUCCGAUAGACUUGGCAGGAGAUAAGCUCUUAACCCAUGUGAAAAAUUGGUAUGACGAAUACAACAUAGAAGAGGGCUGUGCCAACGUCAAACUUGGCAGCAUCAAAAAAAAUAUCAACUUAUCUGCUAACGAAUAUAAAGAAUUCACCACGGAUGAUUUUAAAGGCAUCAGGAAUAAAAAGGAGUUUAAAGGAAUAUUUUACUCCUUCGGGGAAGGAUGGGACUACAAUAACCAUGAUGGGAGGUAUCACAGAAAGGACAGUGACCAUGAGAGUCGUGGCGAUGAGAAUGAGAACGAUGAGAGUGAAGACGAUGAGGAUGAGGAAGAUGAAAACCAUGAGGAUGAAGACAAUCCGGAUGAAGACGACAACUGUUAUCAGAGAAGGAGUUACUACCCUUCUGGAGCACGCGCCAAUGAAAACUGGCAGGGAUUUGCCUAUUACAACCACGAGAAGAAGGCUCAAUUUUAUUACGACGGAGUCGAAUCAGAAAAGAUAUUUACAAGGACAAAAAAGAAACGUGUAAAGGGAAACUUCAGAGAUACAAUCACACAGGCAACCGACACUGAUAGCCACGAAGAAGGGAUGUGCUUGGGACCAUCUGCUAAAAAAUCUCAAGGACAACAACAUUACCAAAAUC